UUUGUUCGAGAGGAACAACGCACAUUGAUGAACACUUUAAAUUAAAAUGUAAAUGCACCCAAUUACAGCUGCAUUGUCUGUCCCCCUGCCAGCAUGUACAGGCUGAGUGUCCUAGAGGAAAAGGUCAUGCCAAAGUGCAGUAGUAAUAAACUACAAUCAAUUAUAGUCUAUAGCUGACAAUACACAAUAGUUCGUUAAUAAAAAGUUAACAAUAGAUAAAUUAAAAAAAUUGCAUAUAUAUAAGCGAAACAAGAGAAAAUAUCAGAGAUUUCACAUACAUCAUAUUGCACACAGAUAUAUUGCACAUAGGGGCAUUAAUUAAUGAGCACAUGAUAAGGUUUCAUUCAUUCAUAUAACAUUCAUUCAUCACAUAUCCAUGACAGUACUACUAUCUAUGAGCACAAAAGGCUCUGGUGACUCGAGGGCCACGGGCAGGUCUCUGUUUGAUGUACUCAUUCAGCGGAGGAGGUGCCAGACCAUUUAGGGCUUUGUAAGUGAUGCUGGCUUCUUUAAGGCUGAUAGGGUUGUUAAAACUUUUUAAAACUUAUGUUUGUUCAGAAUGUGGCAGGAUGGGUUUGCGGUUUCUUGUGAAAUACUUUGAUUGCUCACUUAUUCAGAGAUUCUAUGGCUUUGAGCGUUGCUGUGCACGUGAGUGACCAGCUGGGCAGACAGUACACUAAAUGUGCGAAGAUCAUGGAAUGUAGGAAUGUCCUGCUGCGCUCUCUGCAAGCUGUUUCUGAUGUGCCUGAAGUUUAGUAGGUUGAAUUUGAUGUAGCUCGCUAACUUUUGGACAUAGCUCUUAAAGGUAUCUUAAAUGUGGCCCUAUGAUAUUCAUCCAUGUAUCAUUUGAGUAAUUUGAAUAUAACAUGUAUGUCUAAAUGUUUAUUUUUUCAGAACUAUUAUUAUUAUUAUUACUAAUCAUAGUAUUGUUGCUGUUAUUAUUUGAUGGUGUAUACAAAAUCCUUCAACCAAAGAAAUAACUACUAUUUCUCCACUUUCAGAUGCCAUGAAAGGUUCACCUCUGGGCUGUGGCUAAUUGUAAACACAGCAAACAUACACGUGUUGACUCGUGUCGUCGUGUGUUGAACAAUAGUCAAUGUGUGUGUAUAUGUGUCCGAGGUGUCCUCUGUGAGUGUAGCUGGAGCUCUGGGAGCCCCUGGCCCGGCUGCUGUGCGCGACGCCCAUCCUCCGUGCGGUCGUUUUCUUUGAAGAGGGCGCCGUUUUCUCCGCAGAGACCCGCCGGUGACGCUGCUCCGCGCCCGGGCCACGUGACGUGACGAGGCGAAGCCGCCUCUCCUCUCCUCUCUCGGUCCUUCCUUCCCAGGGUUCAAUGAGCGCCGUGUGGCCCCACCCCGUCUCUCUUCGGCGCUGUCUAUCUCCUCAAUGUAGUGGGCUACUAUUCUCGGAGAAAGAGAGAGAGAGAGAAAAAAAAGCGAGAAAAUAAUAACCUCCAAUAAUUGGUUAUUCCUGCCUUUCACCUUCCACGACCAGCGGCCGGGAGGGGAGCGGCCUUCGGGGUGGGAAUGUGCUGCUACAACAACCCCGCGUCCUAUUUUUUUGUCAAUGUAAAUGCACAUGCAGUCUCAAGCCUGUAGCCUAUUUACCCACCUCGGAUUCAAGAGGGACAUUGAUAUACCUGUGUGUGUGAGAGUGUGUCGCCACUGUGUGUACACACACAUUUAGGCCGUAUGUGGGCUUUAUAAACCGAGCCUGACAGCAGGGGUUGCCUUUUCACCUGCGAGAAACGGGGAUACGUUUCGAGGGAUUUUUUUUUCGCAUCUCCGUCACGUUUCCGUUUCUCUUCUUUUCUUCUUCUCCUUUUUUUUUUUUUUUUUCAAAAUGAUUUUUCCUUGAAGGGAUUCAUCGGGGCCGAGUCGGGAGUUUAGAGGGGGGGGAAGUAUCGGUGCGCAGUUUUGGAGGCUCGGUGGUGAUGUGAGGGGCUGAUAACACAUUUCAGCUACAAAAGCGAGGGGCAGGGAGAGAGAGAGAGACGGAGAGAGAGAGAGAGAGAGAGAGAGCGAGCGAGAGAGCGAAGGCCCUUUGGAGGAGAAACACAGCCGUCACAAAUAAGGAGGACAAAUCGUGGGGGUAUCGGAUCGUUUCGGAGUUGGAGGUGGUGGGGCAUCCGGCCGAAAAGACAACCGCAGUGAGUUUGGAGCUGUUUGGGGUUGAUUUGAUGCAACGAGUGAAACGGAGCCGGAGGAUGACGACGGAAGCGCUGAGAAUAUCACACAUGUAGCUCGUUGGGCUGUUAAUAUUGUUUUCCUUCCUCCUUGUCAACCCUCCUUGUCAACUCCCUCCCGACCAAGACAGCCGCCGGGGACACGGGAGAAAUAGACAGAGAAUAAGUGCACGCCUUUUGGAAACGUUUAUCAUGAACGAAGACGCGGAAACGAGCCGCGCCGCAGCACGGGAGAGGUUUUCGGACAAGCCGAGUUCGGCUCCUUGUCACGGCUGGCAGUGAGACGCAAGACCCGGGCUUUACGGAGAUGCAAAUUCGGCGGUUUGUUCUGCCUCCGUUUGAGGUGAAAGCCAGAUUUUUCGUGUGUUGACACACGUUGAGGAUUACAAUUGUUAACGUGACACAGUUGACGAGGGGCCAACGAGCGGCGGGGGGAACGAAACGCACACAAAAAGCCUCCAGUGCACGUGAAGGAGGAACAGCUCGAGCAGGAUUCAGCUAACCGAGAAGGCGGCCUCGGUGUAGUCAGCCACAGUAUCCUGCCCUUUCCCUGACAGCAGAAUACGCGUUAUGGACACAUAAUUUCUCCAGUGCUGCACCGCGAACGGGUUCUGGAGCAGGCCGGGGACGUCGCACGGGCUACAUGUGGGUGGCAUUGCUACCAAAAUCCGCAUGUCAAACGAGGGGACUAGACUAGUUUAGUUUUUUUUCUUCCUUUCGACAUAAACCCCCUCCACCUCCACUUCUUCUUCCACCUCCACCACCUCCUCCUCCCCUGGAACCCCCUUUUUUUCUUGCGGGAAGAUGGGUUGUUUGGGCAACAGUAAGACUGAAGACCAGAGAAAUGAGGAGAAGGCACAAAGAGAAGCAAACAAAAAGAUAGAAAAGCAGCUCCAGAAAGACAAACAGAUAUACAGAGCGACACACAGACUACUACUUUUGGGAGCUGGAGAGUCAGGAAAGAGCACCAUCGUGAAACAGAUGAGAAUCCUUCAUGUCAACGGCUUCAAUACAGAAGAGAAGAAGCAGAAAAUUCACGACAUCAAGAAUAAUAUUAAAGAGGCUAUUGAAACCAUAGUAACAGCUAUGAGCACCCUGGCACCUCCAGUGCAGUUGGCGUGCCCACAGAGCCAGCACCGGAUCGAAUACGUGCUCAACCUCGUCAGCCAGAAGGACUUUGAGUUUCCCCCUGAGUUUUACGACCAUGCGAAGACACUGUGGCAGGACGAGGGGGUCAGGGCGUGCUUCGAGAGAUCCAACGAGUACCAGCUAAUCGACUGUGCACAAUACUUUCUAGACAAGAUUGACAUUGUGAAACAGAGUGACUACACUCCAACAGAUCAGGAUUUGUUGCGGUGCAGAGUUCUGACUUCAGGCAUCUUUGAGACGAGAUUCCAAGUGGACAAAGUUAAUUUCCAUAUGUUUGACGUUGGCGGUCAAAGAGACGAACGCAGGAAAUGGAUUCAGUGCUUUAACGAUGUGACGGCCAUCAUCUUCGUGGUGGCCAGUAGCAGUUACAACAUGGUGAUCAGAGAGGACAAUCAGACUAACCGUUUACAGGAGGCCCUCAACCUCUUCAAGAACAUCUGGAACAACAGGUGGCUGCGGACCAUUUCUGUCAUCUUGUUCCUAAAUAAACAGGACCUGUUGGCAGAGAAGGUGCUGGCAGGGAAGUCCAAAAUCGAGGAAUACUUUCCUGAAUUUGCUCGCUACACCACACCUGACGAUGCGACCCCAGAGCCUGGAGAGGAUCCACGUGUUACAAGGGCAAAGUACUUCAUAAGAGAUGAAUUCCUGAGGAUCAGCACAGCGAGCGGGGACGGGAGGCACUACUGUUACCCCCACUUCACCUGCGCCGUCGACACGGAAAACAUCCGCCGUGUCUUCAACGACUGCCGAGACAUCAUUCAGCGGAUGCACCUGCGACAGUACGAGCUGUUGUGAUGGACGAAGAAGAGAAGAAGAAAAGUGUUCGGCCAAAAACACAUGAACUGGACUUUGAAAAACCCUGAGUCUCUGAACUCCCCUCUUCCACAGAAGUGUGUGAGCUCUUGUGAAGGAACGGGGGGCCAAAACACACACACACACACUUAAACACACCCUUAACUCAGUACUUCCCCUCAUGCAAACUCCCUAUCUGCAGUAUACUGAGUUAGUUUGAUGGAAGGGUUUAAGGGGUUAACACAUGAAUAGACUCUGAUCUCCACCUUCAGCCAUACUCCCAGCUCUACAGUGCUCAACAUUCUAUAUCGUCCACACACACACACACACACACACACACACACAUUCUCCUCACCUUUCUAGAGACGGAAAUCGGCCCAGUCCGGACCGUAUGUACUGCAGCGCGGAAGGUUUGAGAACGUUCCCUCUUGUUGAGGUCGGAAUGAAAACGGAGGGAGCUAUAACUUCAGUGAAACUCGGAAAAUGGAUAACCGUUGAAUUAUUGCGACUAGAGAACAAACAUGUCGUAACGGAUCAGCUGAACGCUGCAUCCAAGAAAAAACCUAAAAAGCACUGUGCUCAGAACUUUACUCAAACCAAGAACACCAUUCCUUCCCAUCGCUCAUGCACAUAAUUUCAACCACAGGAUCUGCUCGCACACAGAAACGUUUCACACCCGCUUUCAACUGGACUGGACAACCGGUUGGUUCCGGUUAUGUACUGAUCAGUGAUGGUUGAGCAGUUAGCUGAUUUUUUUUUUCCCCCCCUUCUUUUUAGCACAGUGCUUUGAGAUUAAACAAACUGAGUUACUCUGCCGCUGAGCCCCGAGGAGCAGCGUGACCACAGACGAAACGGACACAGGGUGUGUUGGCUCGUGGGGGGUUGGUGGGGGGGGACAGAGCCAACACUGAUGUGACUCCCUGAUGUGACUCCCUGAUGGAGUCUAGACACGUUUGACAGACGACGGCGGCAGUCACUCGACUUCUCCACACAUCUGUUUGGCCGCCUGACUUUGUCUUGUUGGUAGUGGAGGAAACCUUGAGUUUAAAACGAAAAGAAACGACGAAAAUUACCAACUUUUAUGGAGCCUAACUGUCGGAGGGCAGGAAGCCUCCUUCUACAGUACAGUACCAUCAUCUUGUCAUGAUUGACCCCGUUUCACUGUCUCCACAGCUGUUUCUGUCUGUGUAGACUUUGUGCCAUUGUGCCCUGUGCGCUCUCUUUCUCUUUACUCUCCUUUUUUUUCCCGCUCCUCCUUCCCAUCUCUACUUCUAUCUUCCUGGCAGUGCUCUUUUGAAGAGGAAACUAAAUAUAAUAAUCCUGAAAUAUAAAAAAAAAUAUGACGACAACAAACGGGACACUAAUGUUUUUUUGUUUUCUGUUAUUUUGAUACUUGUGUGGUGAAACGGCCUGCUCGCACCUCCCUGCCAUUCCCUCCUCUCUGCCUUCCUUACAUCUUUCCUCUUCUCACCUCCUUCCUCCCUGACCUCUUUCUCCUUUGUAUGUCUGUCUUUACAUUACUGCUGAACUAUUAUUCUUGUACAGACUGUAAAAUGUAUUAUUUUGUACAACUUUAUUGAGAAAAAAAAAUUACUUUUAGAAGAUCCCUGUGCCUUGAUCACGACUGUACGUGUGUAAUGAGCUAAAGUGGGUGUCAUACUGCGCUGUAUAGCUUGGCCAAUCCCCUCCUAACUCCCAGCCUUUCUCUCCACUUCCUUCUCUCUCUUUCUCAUUCUAUAUCCCUCUCACUCUUUAUCUCUCACUCUCUCUCGCCUGUCCUCUCUCUCCUCGGUGACUGAGGACAACCAUUCGUAGCUUUUGUAGUUUCUUUUUUUUCUCUCCCAUACUUUCCCAUUCUCUUAUGAUUUAAAUAUCUAUUUUUGAAUCCAUAUACUCCAAAAAGAUAAAUAUAUGAAAUGUAUAUGGGUUUAAAAAAAAGUAUUUUAUUAGAAUCAAAUGAACCUUGACAAAUUGUACACUUGAUAGUGUGCAUAUUGCUAUAACUUAAAUGCUUUCAACUGAAGUUGUGUUCAGGUUUCUUUUGUUGUCUUUCAGUUGACAUCUGCAAAGGAUUUCUGUAGGGUUAAAGAGGAGUUGACAGAUGCAAAACAUUGCUUGUUUCUACAUGAAUCGUAUUCUUUUGCUAAAAAAAAAAAAGGCCAAAAGAAAAUGUAAAAUAAAUCCUUUUCAGUUAAUUUUCUGAUGCACUGCAGAGGCGGCCUGUACAGUAUUAGCAUCUCUCCUUUCAGAGCCCUGGUCCUCAUUUAAUGUGUACAACAAAUAUGGGUCUCUACUUUCUGAACAGAAGCUCUAAGAAAUAAAGAUUGUUUUUUGGUGCCGACAGCAA